AGUGCUUUCCACUGUGAAACUCUGUUCGGUUGGUGUUUCACGUGCACGUUCAACUCACUAUCUUCUGUUUUGCUUCGCUGAUCGUAUCUCUCUCCUCCUCCCGCUCCCCCUCCCCCCUCAUCGAAGCACUUCCGCCCUCUCAAGGACGGUCGUUUGCUCCUUCACCACGAGCGACGUACACGCCACUCGUGCGACCUUUGUAUGGCUACUAUCGUUAUCUCUUCUUGAUAUUACUUUCCUCCUUUCGCCGCCGGCACGUGUUUAUCGCCGCAUACUUACCCCCUUUUUCUCUGUUGCUGUUUACUACUAUUACCACCACUACUACUGUUAUUAUUGUUACCCUCCCUUCGCCGAGGGAGCCAAAAUAAGAAAAAUAAGGAAAAACACAAGUGAAGCCGAGUGUGUGCGCCAUUAUCUACACCUUUUCUGUUGUUGUUGUUCUUGUGUUGUACACGCUGACUUCGUGUUGCCUCUCCUCCUCCCUCCCCCUCCCCCUCCCCCCCAUCCUUUAAAGCAAGCGAGAAAGUACAUCGUUGUUUUCUUCCUGUUUGUAUGUCCCACAGAGUGGACGGACACCCCAACGCGGCGGCGGUGGCCCCGUCAUCCUCCUCCGCGGGUCCGGCCAGCACGGCGGUGGCCUUCCCGGAGGAAAGUGCCAUUGUCAUGGACAAGUGGCUGAUGGACGUGUGCGGCGAGGAGGACCUCCAGUUCCCGUCCCACCGCCGCGCGCAGUACCCGGCGUACAUCGCUCGCCUCCGCCGUGUGGCGAACACGAAGCAGUUCAUGGCGAACACCUUCGACUACCCCGCCCGCUCCGGCACACGCGAGGUCCUCGUGCUGCAGAAGACGCUGGAGGCUCUUGGCGGGGAGGAGGAAAGCCUACGGCAGGAGAUCAGCUGGGUGCAAGAGAACCUGACGCAGCUGCGGCGUGUACUCGAUGAACGCACCAUGGGAGCGUCGAGCAUCGUGGAAGAGGAGAAGGCGCAGGCGGCGAAGUUGGCGGAGAUGAAAGCGGAGGAAAAGAAGGCUGCGGCUGCGGCAGCAAUGGCGAAACAGUCCAGCGCUCCGCCCCCACCGAUGAACGCGAGCACGCAGGCGCAGAUGGCUGCCCGCCAACAAGGCUACGCCCCGCUGAGUGCGUCGACGCCUGCCGUCCUGAUCGCGCCUUCGCGGCCAGCGAAUGCAACCACUACCACCACGUCCGCCUCUACUGUUGCUGCGUCGCGUGUGGCCGGCACGCCGCUGCCGAUGCAUGACGCGGACGACGGCGCAUCCGUGGGGAGCAGCGCCGUCUCCUCGCGAUCCGCGGCGGAGAGCAACACGUUUUCCGCGGUGGCCCGGGCUGCCCGGCGGGCCGACUACGAGAAGAAGAAGGCGCUCUCGCUGCGAUACAUGGCGGAGGUGCAGAGCAAGACACAGGCGACGGCGGCGCAGCGCAAAGAAGUCGAAGAGCGCCACGCCGGCCUGCUGAGGGAAAAGGAUCAGUUAGACAAGGAGUACGCCGCGCUGCAGACGACGGAGGCGCUGGUGGUGGCCCGGCAUGAGGAGGCAGAGGCGCACGCGCAUGAAGAGACCGCGCAGCUCACGGCGGAGGCCGCGGCGUACGCGGGGGCGGAGGCGGCAUUCGCCUCCGUGUGGGAUGAAAUGGAGAUGGAAGCAACGACGGCGGAGGCACCAACAGCCACCACCGCAGCAACUCCAGCUGCAGAGGGGGAGGAGGAGCGUUCAAGCGACCCACCACCGCUGCCGGAAACUGCAGUGCCGGGCCAAGGCGAUGAAGAGGAGCAGGCGUUCCUCGCCGUCUCUCCGUCCGACGGCGGCGCGGCCGCCGACGCCGCCGCCACUGCCACCGCCUCCGCCUCUCUCGCCCCGGCCGAGCACGACGAGUCGCCGCCGGAGGUGACGCUGCACACGCACGGCCCUCCCUCGCACGGCUCCCAGUCCGUGGUCUCUUCGUCGGCGUCCUCUGCCCCACCAACGCCGCGCUCCCCGCCGCCGGUGGAGCGUGUCUUGCUGACCGACGGCGACAACGCGGAGGCAGCAGAAGAGGAGGACACACACGUCGAAACGACGGUGCAGGAGACGCGCGCGUCAGCCAGCCAACCAGCGCAAGGCUCAUCCUCAACAACAGCAGCAGCGGCGGCGAUGCCCACCGCGAGGGCCGACAACGAGGCUCGGCGCGUCUACUUAGAGGAACUGCGUCACCGCCUGUCGGAGCUCGGCGCGGCGGCGCAGGCGUGCCGCCGCCAGCUGCUCAACACGAGCCAGACCCACAUGGGUCGCUUCCGGCAAUCCCAACAGCGGCUCCGGGACUGGCAGGACAUGGCGGCGCAGGCCAGGACGACCGAGGAGCAGCUCCGAGGGCAGGUGGAGGUCAUCACCACCGUCCUGCAAGACGGCGCGGCGCGGCUCGACAUGGGCAGCGCCGAGAGCACCUACGCGGCGCAGCUGGCAAGGCUGAAUCAGCUGCUGAAGGAGCGCUUGUACGAGACGUUCCAGUACUACGUCGGCGGGGGCGAGGAGGCCGCGGUGGCGAUGAUGUACGACGCCAACGCGGAGGAGGAGCUGCGGGGACUGCAUCGGCCCUCGCCCUCAGCGGCAGCGGGCGGCAUGACGCCCCUCCGCGGUGUUGGCGGCGCCUCCUCCUCCUCCGCGGUGUCCUCGGUCACGCCGACGCGUGAAAGUUCGGUCUCGAGCGCGUAUCAUACUCCUGGAGGGACACACAUGACGGGCGCGUCUACCAGUGCGGUGCCGCCGACGUCGAUGAAUAGCGGCUUCGAUUCCCCGCAUAAACACCGCAGCCGCUACGAACUCGUGCGUCACCUGCAGCGCUGGGAGGCCGCGCUCUUGGCGGAUCGGCUCGCUAUCUUGAAAGCCGCGAGUAUGGUGCCCGGGCCCUUCAGCGGGGCCGGCGCCAACACGCGAAAAACAAGGGGGUUCACAGCCGCGCGGUGCUAUCAGGAGUUGCGGCACCUGCUGCUUCAGCCGAAGCCUGCAAAUGGAUCAAAGGCGUAA